GGCCCCGUAGCUACACCCCCAGCUUCCUCUGCUAACUUCCAAUUGCUCCAGCGACGCUACACCCACACCCUCUCACAGCUCUACGUUUACUCUAAUCUCACCCUAAUCAGUCAAUCAUCAUGGAGGAGGAAGUCGCAGCUCUCGUCAUCGACAAUGGUUCGGGUAUGUGCAAGGCCGGUUUCGCCGGUGACGAUGCGCCCCGAGCAGUCUUCCCUUCCAUUGUCGGCCGACCGCGUCACCAUGGUAUCAUGAUUGGUAUGGGCCAGAAGGACUCAUAUGUCGGUGAUGAGGCACAGUCAAAGCGUGGUAUCCUGACUCUGCGAUACCCCAUUGAGCACGGUGUCGUUACCAACUGGGAUGACAUGGAGAAGAUUUGGCACCACACCUUCUACAACGAGCUGCGUGUCGCGCCUGAGGAGCACCCCGUCCUCCUCACCGAGGCUCCCAUCAACCCCAAGUCCAACCGUGAGAAGAUGACACAGAUUGUUUUCGAGACCUUCAAUGCUCCCGCUUUCUACGUCUCUAUCCAGGCCGUCCUGUCUCUGUACGCCUCUGGACGUACCACUGGUAUCGUCCUCGACUCUGGUGACGGUGUCACUCACGUUGUCCCCAUCUACGAGGGUUUCGCCCUUCCCCACGCCAUCUCCCGUGUCGACAUGGCUGGUCGUGACUUGACCGACUACCUCAUGAAGAUCUUGGCUGAGCGCGGUUACACCUUCUCCACCACUGCCGAGCGAGAAAUCGUCCGUGACAUCAAGGAGAAGCUCUGCUACGUCGCUCUCGACUUCGAGCAGGAGAUCCAGACUGCCAGCCAGUCGUCCAGCUUGGAGAAGUCCUACGAGCUUCCUGACGGUCAGGUCAUCACCAUUGGAAACGAGCGUUUCCGUGCUCCUGAAGCUCUCUUCCAGCCUUCUGUCUUGGGUCUUGAGAGCGGUGGUAUUCACGUCACCACUUUCAACUCCAUCAUGAAGUGCGAUGUCGACGUCAGGAAAGACCUGUACGGCAACAUUGUCAUGUCUGGUGGUACCACCAUGUACCCCGGUAUCUCGGACCGCAUGCAGAAGGAAAUCACCGCCCUCGCCCCAUCCUCGAUGAAGGUCAAGAUCAUCGCUCCUCCCGAGCGCAAGUACUCUGUCUGGAUCGGUGGUUCUAUUCUUGCUUCGCUCUCCACCUUCCAGCAGAUGUGGAUCUCAAAGCAGGAGUACGACGAGAGCGGUCCCUCCAUCGUUCACCGCAAGUGCUUCUAA